UCGAGAACAAGAAACGAUAAGUGUGAUAAUCAAUGCGAUAAGGAGAUCUGGCGCUAGUCCCGACUAGUCCAGAGUCUAAAUUAAAUUGUGACCGGAAGUUCAAACCCUCCAAACCUCUUCUACUAACGCUGGUGCAGCAAUGGGUGAUGAGCAGUCAUUAAGGUCGACAGUGGCUGAAAAUGACAUUUCAGCAAAAUGAGCCCUCGGCCGUUCCGGCGCAAUCCUCGUACGUCAUUUAGAUAGAUGCCCUGACAAUUGCUCGAAUGAUAAACUGAUGAGGCGAUCAAGUCUAUCCUUCACUCAGGGAUUCCUUCUAGGACAGCUCUCCGUGGUACUGCUAAUUGGUGCCUUCAUCAAGUUCUUCAUCUUCGGCGAAGCUCCUCCACCGCCGUCCCGCGGCCUUUCUCACCGCGCUUCAACCCACAGACGCUCCAAUUCGAUCUACUCCAUAAACCCCAAUGAAGGAACAUCUAGAUCGCUGAGAGAAAAACCGUCCACGUCUAACGUCCUUCGUCCGGUGCCGUCAUCCUCUACCAACACUCGAUCCAUUCUUCGGAAAACCUACUACAGCGCUAUACCUACAAACCCCUCGGGAAAGCAUGGCCGCCAUAGGAUCCAUCAUUCCUCGCAUCAGCCGGAAUCACUGGAUUGGUUCAAUGUACUGAUCGCACAAACUAUUGCGCAGUAUAGGCAAACGGCGUACUUGCUGAAAGAUGACCCUACAUCCUCGAUCCUCAGUUCGCUGACUGCCGCCUUGAACAACCCAGAAAAGAAGCCGUCUUUCAUAGACAAGAUCGCGGUGACGGAUAUAUCCCUGGGCGAAGAGUUUCCAAUAUUCAGCAAUUGUCGCAUCAUUGCUGUGGACGAUCCCAACUCUGACGGCGGAAGGCUUCAGGCAUUGUUGGACGUCGACCUGAGUGAUGACAAUCUCUCUAUUGCUGUAGAGACCUCCCUUCUGUUGAACUACCCCAAACCUUGCUCGGCCAUUCUUCCAGUGGCUCUAUCUAUCUCCGUUGUACGGUUUUCAGGGACAUUAUGCAUAUCUCUGGUCCCAGCAUCCACGCCUCCCCUUCACACACCGUCGCCCUCACCGUCACCCCCCACUGCAGAUGGGGCUGCUAAUACACGAACACACCCUACUAAUGGGUCAGGAGAGCCUGCUCAGGAGCCCCCUAAUGCACAAGAAGACUCUCCACCAAAAACCAGCCCGAAAAGCAACGUCGCGUUCUCAUUCCUUCCUGACUAUCGACUCGACCUCUCGGUGCGGUCACUCAUUGGCUCCCGUAGCAGGCUUCAGGAUGUACCCAAAGUCGCUCAAUUGGUGGAAGCCCGUGUUCAUUCAUGGUUUGAGGAACGUGUGGUAGAGCCCCGAGUGCAAGUGGUAGGCUUGCCCGAUCUCUGGCCUCGCAUGGGCCGGACAGGCGUACGGACAGGGGAGGACUCUGAAACUGGCUCUAACGCAGCGUCACGGUCCGCUAUGUCUGCCGAUAUGGGGAAUCCACUUCGAGCCGAGGACAUCGGUAGGGAACCAGAUGGGUUGAGAUUCCGAGGACUGGGGCAACGGCCACCGUUCGACACUGUCUCACGAACGAGUAGCUCCAAUGUCGAGACAGGCGGAUUUCGCAGCCAUAGCAUGACCCGAGAGGGAAGCCGUGGUGGCAUGAGUGAUGACUUUCAAAUGCCUGGCACUUUACCUGGAGAGGAUCUUUUUGCCUAAUAAACGCGUGUUUUUUGGUGUACUACUGUGCAUAGCGAAACCGAAUGCUCGUCAUGAAUCUCAUUGCUCUGAUAUAUACACAUUCAAUCGUCAAAUGUAGCUAUGCCAAUUACCUGGAAAGAUGUAGAACGAAACAAAUCGAGCCAUCCCGUAAUCCAUGCUUUGGCCC